AGGUCUUUGACAACUUUACCGUUGGUUCCAUUAGGAGACAUGUGCACAGCAUGUUUGCUGCUAAGCGAUUUUUCACUAUUGCCACUUUAGCGGAAGAACUUAAAAUGCUAAAUAUCAUUCCUGAAGAAACAUCUGAGAAGGCAGUAUGGCGAAUCCUCCAUAACAUGGGUUUCCAGUACAAAACAUCCCAGCGGAAAAUGUACCUAAGGAAAGAAACUUUGGACGUCGUUUGCCGCCGAGUUGAUGCUCUACGAUCCCUCCAGCAACACCGUGAUGAAGGAAGAGAAGUAGUGUAUGUCGAUGAGACGUGGUUUACGACGAGAAUGCAACAUAGCAAGGAGUGGGUGGACACCUCUCAAUCUGUCACCAGUGCCACCUACAGCCGGCAGGUGCCACCAGGAGAAGGAGAGAGGUUUGUGGUGGUAGCAGGUGGUACAGCUAAAGGUUUUGUAGAAAAUUCAUUUUUAUGCUUCCCUGCGAAAAAUAAAACCGGCGACUACCAUGGAGAAAUGAAUUCAGAGAUAUUUAUUCGGUGGCUAACAUCACAGCUCCUGCCGUCGCUUGAGGAUCCUUCGGUGCUGGUGCUAGACAACGCCCCAUACCAUAGCCAAUUGACAGGAGAUAGCCGAUGCCCAACAACAGCUACAAAAAAGGAGGAUUUGGUUAACUGGCUCAGGUCUCGAAAAAUACAGUAUCCAGCUCACGCAACACGCCCUGAGCUUCUAAAGAUAUGCAGGGGCAACCGGCCGAAACCAGUUUACAUUGUGGAUAAUAUAAUCCGUGAAUGGGGCCAUGAAGUGGUUCGCUUGCCCCCUGCCCAUCCUGAGCUCAACGCCAUCGAGCAGGUGUGGGGCUGUAUGAAACGACAGGUGCGCUCCUCGUUGCAGCGGUUUACCCGUGCUGAUCUCUUUGCCAGGCUUGAAGAGGCCAGGCUUGCUGUAACAGGGGAGACGUGGGCUGGCGCUGUCAGGAGAUCAAGAUAUUUUGAAGAUGAUUGCUGGCUUUCAGAAAAUAUUCAAGACAGUAUAGAUCCGGUCAUCAUCAACAUUGAUAGUGACGAGGAAAACGAUCUUUUCCUUGAGAGUGAUGAUGAGUAAAAUGUAUAAGUGUUCAUUUCUUGUUUUUUUUUCAUCC